CCACAAUUCUCAAGUAUUUACUGUUCAACUAUUAGAAUCAACAUUGCAGUCGCCUCCUCCGAAAAGCACAAAGCUAGUUGCAAAGAUAUACGACCCACUUUACUUCAAUGACGAUGACGGAUAUCUCUGCCCAUUCCGAUGCAUGGACCAAUAUUACACCCACGAGGCCAAUGCGUAUAUAAAUCUUCGUGAAUUUCAAGGCCAAUGGAUCCCAAGCUACUAUGGGUCCUACUCCUUAAGUCUACCUGUGGAUCAAGGGCACACGCGGAUAGUUCGGAUGAUUCUGAUCGAGCACAUCCCAGGAACUACAAUGGCAAAUUUCAAACCGGGGGACUUUUCUCAACCAGCUCGUCAACACAUUAUGAAGUCGAUUGUGGACCUCGAAAGCUGGAUCUAUGAGAAGGACAUCUUACUCAGAGAUCUUGAGCCACGAAACACUAUCUUACGGUCGCCAGUUUGCGAACAGCCUCGAGUUGUAUUUAUUGACAUGGCCCAUGCUCUCUUUAAUCGGAGGCGAGAUGAGCCUUACGCGUUGAAGCUGAACUUCUUCUUGGGAGAAUACAUUUCACCCUUACUGCGGUGGAAGGACGUCAGAAGUGCAGAAUCAUUUUCAGAUUGGAUUGAUUGGGGCUGGGAUCCCUAGCUUGAAGCAGAGUUUGCUCACACAGCUACAAGCAUCACGCCGGAGAUGCGAGAAUUCUGGCUCAACGACUAAGUGGAACCGAGUUCAUACAAUACUGGGAUAUUUUUUGAGGUCAGAGAACAUCGAUUCAAGUCGGCUAUGUUUGUUUCAAUGAUGAGAUGUUGGUGGAGAGCAUGUAUCGUAUAGUUCUAGAAUUUCCCUUUGAAUCAAAA